AGACCCGGCCCCGGCGUCCAGCAACCUUCUCGCUGCGGCUCGUCACCUCCGGGGUCCCAGCCUCCACGGGCCGGGGCCGCCGCCGCCGCCGCAGGACGGGGAGGCGGGCCAUGGCGUCCUGCGUGGGGAGCCGGACCCUGAGCAAAGAUGAUGUGAACUACAAGAUGCAUUUCCGGAUGAUCAACGAGCAGCAAGUGGAGGACAUCACCAUCGACUUCUUCUACCGGCCGCACACCAUCACUCUGCUCAGCUUCACCAUCGUCAGCCUCAUGUACUUUGCCUUCACCAGGGAUGACUCUGUCCCAGAAGACAACAUCUGGAGGGGUAUCCUCUCCGUAAUUUUCUUCUUUCUUAUCAUCAGUGUACUAGCUUUCCCCAAUGGUUUUUUGGCUGUGAGGCAUGCUCCCCAACCAGGGAUCGAACCCACACUCCCUGCAUUGGAAGGCGAAGUCUUAACCACUGGACCACCAGGUCCGUUUACUCGACCUCAUCCGGCCUUGUGGCGAAUGGUUUUCGGGCUCAGCGUGCUCUACUUCCUGUUCCUGGUGUUCCUGCUCUUCCUGAACUUUGAGCAGGUUAAAUCCCUGAUGUACUGGCUAGAUCCGAACCUUCGAUACGCCACAAGGGAAGCAGAUAUCAUGGAGUAUGCUGUGAACUGCCAUGUUAUCACCUGGGAGAGGAUUAUCAGCCAUUUUGAUAUAUUUGCCUUUGGACAUUUCUGGGGCUGGGCUAUGAAGGCCUUGCUGAUCCGUAGUUAUGGUCUCUGCUGGACAAUCAGUAUUACCUGGGAGCUGACUGAGCUUUUCUUCAUGCAUCUUCUGCCCAAUUUUGCCGAGUGCUGGUGGGACCAAGUCAUCCUGGACAUCCUGCUGUGCAACGGUGGUGGUAUCUGGCUGGGCAUGGUCGUCUGCAGGUUUUUAGAGAUGAGGACUUACCACUGGGCAAGCUUCAAGGACAUCCACACCACCACCGGGAAAAUCAAAAGAGCCGUGCUCCAGUUCACUCCUGCUAGCUGGACCUAUGUUCGGUGGUUUGACCCCAAAUCUUCAUUUCAGAGAGUGGCUGGAAUAUACCUUUUCAUGAUCAUCUGGCAGCUGACUGAGUUGAAUACCUUCUUCCUGAAACAUAUCUUUGUGUUCCAAGCCAGUCAUCCGUUAAGUUGGUGUAGAAUUCUCUUUAUUGGCGGCAUCACGGCUCCCACAGUGAGACAGUACUAUGCUUACCUCACCGACACACAGUGCAAGCGUGUGGGAACACAGUGCUGGGUGUUUGGGGUCAUUGGUUUCCUGGAAGCUAUUGUCUGCAUAAAAUUUGGACAAGAUCUCUUCUCUAAGACCCAAAUCCUCUAUGUUGUGCUUUGGCUUCUUUGUGUGGCGUUCACUACCUUCCUGUGUCUGUACGGCAUGGUUUGGUAUGCAGAGCACUAUGGUCACCGAGAAAAGACCUACUCAGAGUGUGAAGAUGGUACCUACAGCCCUGACAUCUCCUGGCCUCACGGGAAAGGUACAAAAGCACGUCUGUGCAUCACGGACAUCGUGUACGUCGUCGGCCUCAACUCCACGUCCUCGUGCUGGGCCACCUCCCUGAGUGUCUCCAAGUUCGUUUUCUGGCGCUUUAACCUUCCUCUGAUCAAUAGCCGGGUGCAGCUGAAGAAGACGUUUCCUUCUACAAGGCCGGCCUAGGAGAGGCCCCCGCCCACCUGCGAUGACUUGGAUUUCCUUGGGUCACGUGAAAGCAGAGUGCAUGUGAGACAGUCUCUCCUCAGUGGCUUUGUACGGAACGGCCGGGAAAGUCCUCAGCUCCUUUCCGUGUCCUUUCUUUGAGUUUAAUCUUUUCUUUUUCCCUUUCAGUAAGACUACAGUGUUUCCAAAACUAGUGCUUUCCUUGACCAGCCAGAUCCACGGCUGCCAUUUCCUCCUAGAAACUGUGCUGCUGGGUUUGGUCUACUUUUUCCACUCAUUUCUAUGCAAAUGGGCUUCACGUUGAUGAAAUGUAAAAUUUUCCUUGUCACGUAUGUUUACUGAAGAUCGCCUUUAAUCCCUUUAAUCAGAGUUGUCAUUUAGUAUCAGAAACGAUUUGAAUGCAAGUGAUCUCACAUUUGCCAUUUACAGACUGCCCUCUUAAGAGGCACCGUUGUUUAGGACGUAAUACGCGAAGAAUUCUUUACGUAUAUUUCUCUGUAUGUAGCAUGGCAUGGAGUGUUGAGUACUUUUUCUUUUUUGUCAUUCUUGGUCUUUCCGUGGCCUUUCCCUGCCUUUCUUGUGUCUGUUUUCACCAUUUGUAAAAGCCUUGGCCAAACUGCUCCCAUAGCAAUGCUAGGACACUUCAUUGACCUGUUUUAAGCAUUUUGAUGAUAAAAGACAUCCUAUAAAUGCCAGUCUUAUUUUCACCAUGACUGCUUCUGUAGUGAGCUCAUGAGUAAAGUACUCACCUAGGAGAAAUAAAAUUCUUUACCAAAUACAUCAGGUUCAGCCCUAUUGGUCUCCCCUCUGAAGCUGCUCUGCAUCAUCUCUAAGUGAUACCUCUUUUUGUCAGGGGUCUCCUUGUGGAAUUGGACCCUUGGGUUGCCUUAUUUGUUGAUAAUAGUGCAGUUACUCAGGCCCUUACGGGGGGAGCUAAAUGCAGGGUGGAAAAGAAAAAAUUUAACCAUUGGAAACCAGAGGAAGUGAGCACUUUAAACAGGGGGGAUUAAUUUGUGUGCUCUGUGCUCUUUUAAUUAUGCGUAGGGUUACCCGCGUGUUCACCAGGUGGGCUUCACUUACAGAGUUCUUAUUGCUAUGAAAACCAGGUAUCCCCCAGGUAGGUAAUUGCAAAUCCUCAAUGUAUUUCCCACUUUUAUGAUUGAAAUCAAGAUGUGAGGAGAACCAAGACUUCUGUUCAUCAGUGUUUCAUUACAGGUGCAUCUCUUGCCUUCAUCGUGCAUGUACAUUGCAAGGGUUAUAUUUGAGAUUUGGUUCUUUGUGAGUUUCAGCAUUAGUAAUGGCUACGACCAAUGGGCUUCAGAGUCUGGUUGCUAGCCCAUAAUAGAUUUUUACAGCAUUUCACUUUAUAACAUUUUAUUCUAAACCUGAUGCUAGGACUAUCACAGGUGAAGGUUACAAAUUUUUUUAAUUUAACUCUGGUAUUACCUUUGAUGCAAUAAAUACCUACAGCUUUUUUAUUUUGCUGUCUUCUGUGAAUUUAGAGGAAUUAUUUAUUAAUGUCUACCAAAGAAGGGGGAAAAUAGUUGGAUGUGUACAUUUUUGGUUUUUGUUUUUUUAGUGUGUGGGAAUGCUGAAAUGUAAAAUUUUCCUUGUCACCUAUGUUUACUAAAGAUCGCCUUUAAUCCCUUUGA